GAGAAAGGCACACUCUAAGAAAGAGCCCUUUUGGGAGACUCACUGGAUGGGAUGUUUGCUCAUUACAUAUUCCUUCCUUCACUGCCUACACACAGCUCAGGACUCCUAUAAGGGCAGGAGAUCAACACGCUCUCUCCUCCUAGGAAGAACCCCUCUGGGGUCUCAGAGGAAAAAUGGAAGUGUUGGGGCUUCUCAAGUUCGAAGUCAGUGGUACCGUAGUGACUGUGACUCUGUCCGUGGUUCUCUUGGCCCUCCUGAAAUGGUACUCCACAUCAGCGUUCUCAAGACUGAGGAAGUUGGGCAUCAGACACCCUGAGCCUUCUCCUUUUGUUGGAAACUUGAUGUUUUUCCGCCAGGGCUUUUGGGAGAGCCAUUUGGAGCUCCGAGAGCGAUAUGGGCCUCUGUGUGGGUACUAUCUUGGCCGUCGGAUGUACAUUGUCAUUUCAGACCCAGACAUGAUCAAGGAGGUGUUGGUUGAGAACUUCAGUAACUUUUCCAACAGAAUGGCCUCAGGUCUGGAACCCAAGCUGAUAGCAGACAGUGUCCUGAUGUUACGUGACAGAAGAUGGGAGGAAGUCAGAGGUGCCCUGAUGUCUGCAUUCAGUCCUGAAAAAUUGAACGAGAUGACACCUCUCAUCAGCCAAGCCUGUGAACUUCUCCUGUCUCACUUAAAACACUCUGCGGCAUCCGGGGACGCAUUCGACAUCCAGAGGUGUUACUGCUGUUUUACCACAAAUGUGGUGGCCAGUGUGGCCUUUGGCAUCGAGGUGAACUCCCAGGAUGCUCCAGAAGACCCCUUUGUGCAACACUGCCAGCGUGUUUUUGCUUUCAGUACCCCAAGGCCUCUCCUGGCUUUAAUUUUAUCAUUUCCAUCCAUAAUGGUCCCAUUGGCCCGGAUUCUGCCCAAUAAGAACCGAGAUGAACUGAAUGGCUUUUUUAACACACUCAUUAGGAAUGUGAUUGCCUUACGGGACAAGCAAACAGCAGAAGAGAGGCGGGGAGACUUCCUGCAGAUGGUGCUGGAUGCCCAGCGUUCCAUGAGCUCUGUGGGUGUAGAAGCCUUUGACAUGGUCACAGAAGCCCUGUCCUCUGCUGAGUGCAUGGGGGACCCACCCCAAAGGUGUCAUCCUACAUCCACAGCUAAGCCUUUAACUGUGGAUGAGAUUGCCGGCCAGGCUUUCCUCUUCCUCAUCGCUGGCCACGAGAUCACCACAAACACGCUCUCCUUCAUCACAUACCUGCUGGCCACCCACCCUGAGUGCCAGGAGAGGCUUCUGAAAGAGGUGGACCUCUUCAUGGAGAAGCAUGAGACCAUGCUUUCCUUCCCUCAGAGCUUUUCAGAUCAGCUUUAUGAAAUCAGGACUGUGAAUCCAACAAUGCCUAGGACAUCUCUCUGGCUCCUGUGAAUUUCUGAUAAAUGAUGUGACUGCUUCCUGUGACUUCCACAGGGAUACUUGAUGCUUCCUACUGCUUACAGCGAAGCCCAGGCUAGCAGGUUGUCAUAGUGUAACCUUCACCAAUCAAGAAGUGAUACAUCGGCCAUGAAAGUCAAGAGUUCAGAAGUUUCACUUUUAGCAAAAACAACAUAAUGCGUGCUCUAUUGUUGGGGAAUCGCUGUGUGUUUUUCAGCCCUUGCCUUCUGCCUAGUAAUGUUCCAUCUCCUGUUGUCUACUCUGACCCAUUUGACUUUGGUUGCCUCUCUCCUUUCAGGGAGGGGGCUUCUAUUCUAAUAUAAAUAUGACAGUUAUAAUCUGCCUGACAGCCCUUGCCUCUAGGCGUCUCUCUAGACCCCACAUAAUUUCUUCCAAUGUCUUGGAAAUUUUGUCCAGCCUCUCUUCCUUACACUUAGAGUUUUCUCUCUUAGUCUGCUGCUAUAACAGAAGACUUGAAAAUAGAGAAGUUACAGAGAGAGAGAGAGACAGACAGACAGACUGUGAGACUGCUGGUCAGGUAGCAGGCCUUUCUCGUUGCUCAUGUCACAGAAUGUCACAUGAUGACAUAGCAAGCUUGCUAACUUGGUCUUUGCUCCUUCCCUUGUGGUUUUAUGUUUGUUUGUGUGAAUGUACCCACACACAUGCAUGUACAUACACAAACACACAGAGAUAGACAUACACACAUACACACAGGCAUACACGCAUACAUACAGACACACAAAGAGAUAGACAUACACACAUGUGCGCACACACACAUACACACACACACAUACACAAACACACAGAGAUAGACAUACACACAUACACACAGGCAUACACGCAUACAUACAGACACACAAAGAGAUAGACAUACACACAUGUGCGCACACACACAUACACACACACACAUAC